CUGUAGUUGUGUUUGCACGUACUUCUUUGAUCCAGAGAAAGACUGUAAGGUUGUUGCACGAUAUUGUGAACUCGUGUGUCGACACAGCUGUCUUCAGAUUCAAUUACUUAACGUGCAAAAUAUGCAGGAGGCUGUGCGGUGCAGUGGUUAAAGAAAAGGGCUUGUAACCAGGAGGUCCCGGGUUCAAAUCCCACCUCAGCCACUGACUCAUUGUGUGACCCUGAGCAAGUCACUUCACCUCCUUGUGCUCCGUCUUUCGGAAUAUGUCUGCCUCCGCUCCAACCGCACCGCAGCAGGCGGGCAGCCCCUCAGCAUUGCCCCCCGAAUGGGCAGACGACGAGCGGAUGGCUUUCCUGUUUUCGGCGUUCAAACUGAACCGGGAGGUGAACUGCACGGACUGGGACGGGAAGAUGAAUUUCUGGGCGCCGCUGAUCGUGAGCUGCUGCCGGCGGCGGGGAGCUGUCAGCGUCACCCUGCAGGAGCUGAGCGAGAGCUUCAGGAGAAACGGCACCGUGCCGCUGGGCCUGCCCACUGUCGUCCAGGAUAUGAUCAGGCGCGGGAAGCUGCAGAAGGAGUCUGAAUUUGCAGCUCUUGUGGAUCCAGGGUGGCUCUCGUGGGGCGUGGGGCUGCUGCUGGUCAAGCCACUGAAAUGGACCCUGACCACCGUCCUGGGCAGCAACCGCGUGCCACCGGAGGAGCCCUACGUGGUGACGGAGCUCGUCAAGGAGAAGGCUUCAGAGCUGCUGCGUGUGUAUCGAAGCUCCCCCGCGGCCGAGCGCACCCUGCUCCCCUUCCAGGAGCUGCGGGGGUUGGCGGCUCACAUCUGCCCUGACGAGACCACCCUGUGCCUGGCUCUGCUGCAGCUGCAAAGGGAGAAGCAGGUCACUGUGGCCGUGCACGAGGGGGAGAAGAUUGUGAAGUUCACCCAGGCAGGGCAGAGCCGCGUGUCCCCGGUCGGGGAGGUGGACCUGGGCAUCUACCAGCUGCAGAGGAGCGAGCGUCUCCUAGGGGAGAGAGUGGAGGCGCUGGCUCAGGAGGCAGAGAGGUGCAGAGAGGAGGCCAGGACUCUCCUUGGCCAGGGGAAGAAGACGCAGGCGCUGCGGUGUCUCAGAGCCAGGAAGCGUGUGGAGAAGCGAGCGGACAGCCUGCACGCGCAGCUGGAGACGGUGCAGGGCAUCCUGGAGAGGAUUGCCAACUCACACACAGACCGCCUGGUGGUGCAGGCGUACCAGGCUGGCGUGUCGGCUCUCAGACUGUCUCUGAAGGACGUGACGGUGGAGAGAGCUGAGAACCUGGUCGACCAGAUCCAGGAGCUUUGUGACGCCCAGGACGAAGUGAACCAGACGCUGGCAGGACUCGACAUCUCAAUGGGCGGGGACACAGAUGAGCUGGAGGCGGAGCUCAGGUCUAUAUUGGAAGACGCCACUCCGGACAGCCCGCCCCCUCUCCCAGAGGUUCCGACGAAGCCCCUCCCCUCAAAUCUGGCAGCAUCUCCAGGGUUGAAGCCCAGCAGCUCCACACUGAAGAGCACUCCUGCCCUUGAAGCAGCGCAGUGAAGACUGGAGCUGUCUGGAGAGAGGGACUGAAGGAGCAUCCCAGCAUGAAGCUGUCUGCAGAGAAUUCCAACAUGGAGCUGUCUGCAGAGAAUUCCAGCACGGAGCUGUCUGCAGAGAAUUCCAGCACGGAGCUGUCUGCAGAGAAUUCCAGCAUGAAACUGUCUGCAGAGAAUUCCAGCAUGGAGCUGUCUGCAGAGAAUUCCAGCAUGAAACUGUCUGCAGAGAAUUCCAGCAUGAAACUGUCUGCAGAGAAUUCCAGCAUGAAACUGUCUGCAGAGAAUUCCAGCAUGAAACUGUCUGGAGAGAGGGACUGAAGCAUUAAAAACCAUCCGGAUCAAGAAAACUGCCUUUUUAAAAUAAAGUAAUCAUCUGUGUCUGUAACUCAGUUUUAAAGAGGCCUUUACUUUCUGAAUUGAUUUUUUAUGUUAAAAACACACACAGGCAUUUAUAGACACACACACAUACUGUAUACUACUUACAUACAAUAUAAAAAUGAUAUUGCUGUUA